CCGAGAAAUUGAUGAGCGUUGUUGAAAGGUGAUGCGGACGUGGAACGAGACCGGGAACUCGCAACUCACCGUUUGACCGCCUCACCUGGGUGACUGCGCGACUGCCCUUUUGCUCUCGAUACGUCAUCCGUCGUGACGUGCAGGUGAAGCUCAAAACACGCGCUUCCACUUCUACCUAUCAACCUCCAUUCCCCCCUCGUCAACCCACGCAGGGCGACGUUCGACGUCGAACAAGCCCUUUCUUUUCACCCCGGAGUCCGCUCCUCCCUUGACGCCAAGUAAGUUUGUUCUGUGCUAUCCCGUCUUGUCAACCAUCAGCCAGCUAACCGCCUGCAUGGCAGCUCAACUCCGCCUCACCUGUGCCGACCAUGUCACCUCCAACUACCCCUGCUGCUGAGGAGCAGAAGCCUGACAUGGCUCUCGCCGUCAUCCGAUACCCACAUCCGCAUGUCUGCACGGACAGCGAUGAGUUCUUGAGCUACACAGACGCCGCCAUGAAGAAGCUGGGCGCCCUCGGCCGCCGCAAGGUCUUCCCGGUGACCAAUGGUGCCAACAACUACAGCAUGAACGGCAGCUUGCAGGACCUUCCCGCCGAGGCUAAGGAGAGCCUUGCUCUUGUCAAGGUUCUAUCUGAAGAGGACGAAGACCCGUUCGUCAUGGUACUCCGCGCCAAGGCCACAGAGGGCGCUCGCAAGUUCGACACUGGUUAUUACUGCGCGGGCUCGACAAAGAGCGCCCUGGCUCUCACUCGCGUGGCUUUUGACAGCGGCGUCAAGGCAGCCAAGGCCAAGAAGAUUCAACGGGGUUAUUUUGUCGGGGGGGUGGCGGAGUUCAUUGACGAGCUUCUUGCUGAGAGAGCUGCACUGAAGGAGGAAGUUAUGGCCCUCCGCGAGCAGGCAGAGGUCCUCGUCGAGGCCCUCGCUACUGCCCCAGGGUUCGACAAGGCUGUCACCUUUUCACCCCGCUAA